AUGUCGAAGACAAAAUCCACAAAAGUCUUAAUUAUUGGAGCCGGAAUUUCUGGAUUGAAGGCUGCAGAAACAUUGUUAUCUAAAUCAAAUUUAACAGGUCAAGACGUUCUAGUGGCUGAAGCCCAAAAUCGUGUUGGUGGUAGAUUAAAAACAACAGACGCUUCCCAAUCCAAACUAGGCAUAAACUAUGAUUUAGGAGCAUCAUGGUUUCAUGAUUCAUUAAACAAUUCAGUCUUAAAUGAUAUGAUCAGUAGUAGUUUAUUAGAUGUUCAAAAAGAUGUCUAUUUUGAUGACAAGGAUCUCAAAGCCAUUUCUAGUACUGGGGAAGUGCCUCUUGUGGAUAAGAAAUUAAAUAGAGUAUUAGAAGACAUUGAAAAGUUUAUUGAAUUGUAUUUCCACGACAGUCUAAAUGUUCCUGAUUUGUCCUUGCAAGACAUUGUUGCAAAGUUUUUUGAAAAAUAUAAUCAUUUAGUAACAGAAGAACAACGUGAACAUUGUGGGAGAAUGAUGAGGUAUUUAGAACUCUGGUUUGGAAUUAGCUGGGAUAGAAUUAGUGGCAAACAUGCUGUAAUGGAUCACCAAGGAAGAAAUUUAUUGAAUAAACGAGGAUAUGGCUAUUUAGUUGAGAGUUUACUCAAUUGCAUACCAAAAUCUUCGAUAUUAUUGGAAGAACCGGUAAACAAAAUUAUAAGAUAUAAUAAGGAAGGAGACAAGAGGGUGUUGGUUGAAACGAAAAGCGGAUUACAAAUAUUUUGUGACUAUUUGAUUGUCACUGUUCCUCAAUCAAUUCUACUGCUUAAAGAAAGUUCUCCCUAUAGCAUCAAAUGGGAACCGGAGUUGCCACAGAGAUUGGUGGAUUCAAUAAACUCCAUACAUUUUGGUGCGUUGGGUAAAGUAAUCUUUGAGUUUGACAAGAUAUUCUGGGACAAUUCUGAAGAUAGAUUUCAAAUUAUCGCAGAUCACAUAGAUGGGGAUUUAUCAAGCGAGUUGACAGAGUUACCGAAACCGUUUACCUAUCCCUUGUUUGCUGUUAACUUUGGUCGUGUUCAUAAUCUUGGUAACGGGAAAUCGAGUCUAGUAAUACUCACACAAGCACCUUUGACAAAUUAUCUUGAGGCCCAUCCUGAUCAAGCUUGGCAAUACUAUCAACCAAUGUUGCAAAACCUCUCCAUCAAUGAUGAGCCAAUUCCUGAUCCGAUCAACACAAUAGUUACAGACUGGACAAUAAAUCCUUACAUUCGUGGCUCUUAUUCAGCAAUGUACACCAACGAUGAUCCAAGUGAUUUAAUAAUUAAUUUGUCGGGAGAAUUUGAAAGCUGUGGGAUUCUGGAGCCUUACAUUAGAUUUGCAGGUGAGCACACCAUCUCAGAAGGUGCUGGUUGUGUGCAUGGUGCUUAUGAUAGUGGCAUUCGUGCUGCUGAUUGGAUAUUACAAGAUAUGAAUGUAGAAAAUUAG